UUGGGAAUGCUGUGUGAGAUGUGGAUAACUUUAAACAUCUGUCUUUAUAUGUAUUUUAAUCAUAUCUCUGGUGUUUUUACCUCUGAGUCUUGUCAGCUCCAGGGAUGCUUCAAGUUGAAUGGGAUGUACCAGGAUGGUGAAUUUAUUAUUGGAGGCCUCUUUGAGGUCCAGAACCUCAAAGUUUUCCCAGAGCUUAGCUUCACAAAUGAGCCUGAACUGCCCCAGUGUGAGGAAUUCUAUAUGGCAAGUUUUCAGCAAGCACUGACUAUGGUUUUUGCUAUAAAUGAGAUUAAUAGUAAUAGCAAAUUGUUGCCUAACAUCACACUUGGUUACCAGAUUUAUGACAACUGUUUAAGGCUUGGAGUGGCAUUCCGGGCUGCUAUGUCCCUGGUUAGUGGGACAGAGGAAUCCUCAAACCUCAGCUGCACUGGCCCUCCGCCGGUGAUUGGCAUUGUAGGGGAUCCUGGUUCAACUCAAUCUAUAACAAUUUCUAGUGUCCUGGGGCUAUAUCGAGUUCCUAUGGUUAGCUACUAUGCGACCUGCUCAUGUUUGAGUGACAGGAAAAAGUACCCCUCUUUCUUCAGAACAAUCCCCAGUGAUGCCUUCCAGGUGCGGGCUAUGGUUCAGAUCUUAAGACAUUUUGGAUGGACCUGGGUUGGUCUCCUCUACAGUAAUGAUGACUAUGGCAUCUACGCUGCUCAGUCCUUCCAGCAAGAAAUGCAGAUUUUGGGAGGUUGUGUGGCUUUUUCUGAAAUGUUGCCUUAUGAUAACAACGGUAGAGACAUUCAACGAAUAGCAGGAGUUAUUCAAAAGUCUACAGCCAAAGUAGUUGUAGCAUUCUCAACUGAUCUGGCAUCCUUGAUGGAUGAGUUGUUACUGCAAAAUGUGACAGGCAAGCAGUGGAUUGCAAGUGAGGCUUGGACUACAACACCUGUCCUGCAAACUCCACAAUAUUUACCGCUACUGGGGGGCACACUGGGAAUUGCCAUCCGGCGUGGACAGAUUCAGGGACUUUAUGAAUUUCUAAAAAAUCUUCGACCUGACAAAAAUCCAAAAAACAGCACCAUUAGAAUCUUUUGGGAGACCAUGUUUGGGUGCAAGUUUGAGGUUGGAGGUAAAAAAGUAGAUGAACAGCAAGAAAGGGGGAGAAACAAAUGUUCAGGCCAAGAGGAUCUUAACAACUCAGAAACAGCAUACACGGAUGUGUCAGAGCUGAGAGCCUCUUAUAAUGUUUAUAAAGCUGUUUAUGCCUUGGCACAUGCACUUCAUGACCUAGUAAAGUGUGAGGAAGGAAAAGGGCCAUUCACUGGGAACAGCUGUGCUGACAUAUCCAAUCUAAAACCAUGGCAGCUGGUUCACUACAUACAGAAUGUAAAAUUCACCACAGGCUUUGGGGAUCAUGUGUCAUUUGAUGAGAAUGGAGAUGCUCUGGCCAUCUAUGAUGUAAUGAAUUGGCAUCCAAGGUCUGAUGGGUCGAUCAUUGUCCAUGUGGUCGGUGUUUAUGAAGAGGCAAUAUUAGGGAAAGUCUUAACACUGGAUGAGGAUGCAUUAUUCUGGAACUUUGAAACAAAAAAGCCCCCAGACUCUGUGUGUAGUGAGAGCUGCCCCCCAGGAACCAGGCGAGCCAGGAAGAAGGGUCUCCCUGUCUGCUGUUUUGACUGCCUGCCAUGUGGGGAUGGCGAGAUUUCUAAUACUACAGAUUCUCCUGAAUGUUUCAUAUGCCCAGAAGAUUUUUGGUCAAGUCCAGAAAAUGACCGUUGUGUUCCCAAAGAAAUGGAAUUUCUUUCCUAUGAUGAUCCGCUUGGAAUAUCGCUGACCACUGCCUCUCUUUUAGGAACCUGCUUCUGUGUUCUUGUGUUGGUUAUCUUUGCUUAUCACCAUAACACUCCAGUAGUACGAGCCAACAACUCAGAGCUCAGCUUCCUUCUACUGGUGUCACUCAAAUUUUGCUUUCUGUGUGUGCUGCUGUUCAUUGGCCGGCCACGGUUGUGGACGUGCCAGUUAAGACAUGCUGUGUUUGGCAUAAGCUUUGUCCUGUGCAUCUCAAGCAUUCUAGUUAAGACUAUGGUAGUAAUAGCUGUAUUCAAGACCUCGCGGCCAGAGGGAAAAACUUCCAUAAAGUGGUUUGGUUCAGCACAGCAAAGAGGGACAGUUAUAGCCCUAACUUCUGCACAGGUAGCAAUAUGUACUGUCUGGUUGUCCUCUGCAUCUCCAACACCUCAUAAAAACAACCAGUACAUUCAUUCUAAAAUAGUAUAUGAAUGUGCCAUUGGCUCAGUUGCUGGUUUUUCUUUGCUCCUUGGAUACAUUGGACUGUUGGCAGCAGUAAGCUUCUUGUUAGCCUUCAUGGCAAGGAAACUUCCAGAUAAUUUCAAUGAAGCAAAGUUUAUCACAUUUAGCAUGCUGAUCUUCUGUGCUGUAUGGAUUGCAUUUGUUCCAGCAUAUGCGAGUUCACCAGGAAAAUAUGCAGUGGCUGUGGAGAUAUUUGCUAUUUUAGCUUCCAGUUUUGGAUUACUGGCUGCCAUAUUUGCCCCAAAGUGCUACAUCAUUAUAUUACACCCAGAAAGAAACACUAAAAAAGCCAUCAUGGGACGAUCGACUCAAAAUAAAUAAUUUUACAUGCUGACCUUCUUAAAUAAAUUGCUGCUCUAAGAUCCUGUACUAAGUCUCACUCUCUUAAUUUAUUUAUUAUUUAAGUAAAACUUGUAUAAUAAAAAUCAAAUUAAACAAUUAA